CAAAACAAACAAACCAACUUAAACCGUGUUCUUCAAUACUCCAUUCACUCUUUCAACUAUUCUUCUCCGCUUUCUUUAUAAUCCUCCUUUUCAUUAUCCCAUCUCUCCCCACUUCUCGCCCACACCUCACUAACACACCCUUUUUCUCUUCAUUUCCCGCCCAAAAUGCUCUGUUUUCACACCCCAAAUCACUCCCCCUUUCUGUUUUCCUCCAAAAUCCUAAGUUUACUCUUCUGGGUCUUCUCUAUUUCCCCUCUUUUCCCCUCCAAUUCAAACCUCUAAUUCGAAUCUUUGUUGAACAGAAAUUUGAGAUGGCGGGUAAGGCGGCGCCGGCGAGGAAUGUUCUGUUUGGAAAAUACGAAAUGGGUCGGCUAUUGGGGAAAGGAACCUUUGCGAAGGUCUAUCAUGGAACAAACUUGAUGACCCACGACAGUGUCGCCAUUAAAGUGAUCCUCAAGGACAGGGUAAAGAAAGAGGGACUUCUUGAGCAAGUCCGGCGAGAAAUUUCUGUCAUGGGGUUGGUUCGUCAUCCCCAUAUAGUGGAAUUGAAAGAAGUAAUGGCCACGAAAUCCAAGGUGUAUUUUGUGAUGGAAUACGUUAAUGGAGGCGAACUGUUUGUUAAAUUGUCUCAACAAGGAAAAUUGACAGAAGAUGGAGGAAGAAAGUACUUUCAACAGCUUCUCUCCGCCGUGGACUUUUGCCACAGCCGUGGUGUCUCUCACCGUGAUUUGAAGCCUGAAAAUCUCCUUCUCGACGUGAAUGGGAAUUUGAAGGUAUCUGAUUUUGGCCUCUCCGCCCUGCCGGAGCAGCUCCGGAUCGACGGAUUGCUUCACACACGGUGUGGAACACCGGCGUAUGUAGCGCCUGAGGUGCUCAGAAAGAGGGGAUACGAGGGCGCUAAGUCGGAUCUUUGGUCUUGUGGAGUGAUUUUGUUUGUGUUGCUUGCUGGGUCUCUGCCAUUUAAAGCUGAUAAUGUGAUGAAGUUGUAUAGGAAGAUUUUCAAGGCGGAGUUUGAGUUUCCUCCUUGGUUUUCUUCAGAAGCUAAGGAAAUGGUGUCAAAGCUUCUGGUUGUUGAUCCUGAGAAGAGAGCUUCAAUGGAUGAGAUAAUGCAGAGUUGUUGGUUUCAAAAGGGCUUCACAAAGCCACUUUCAUUCAAUGACAAAGACGAACUCAACAGUGAAAUCUCUGACUUGACAAAUCCCAAGUUGUUGUCAUCUUCUCCUCCUUUCUACAACGCCUUCGAGUUCAUUUCCUCAAUGUCCUCUGGUUUUGACUUGACUAGUUUGUUUGAAAGCAAGAAGAAACAAGCCUCAAUUUUCACUUCAAAAUGCUCUGCUUCAGCCAUUAUAGCCAAGCUUCAGUCUCUAGCGCAGAAGCUGAACUUCAAGGCUACUAAUCAGAGGGAGUUCAAGGUGAGACUGCAGGCCAAGGAGGAGGGGAGGAAAGGGAAGCUGGCGGUGACGGUGGAGGUUUACGAGGUAGCGCCGGAGCUGGCGGUGGUCGAGUUCUCGAAGUCGGCAGGGGACACAUUGGAGUACAAUAAGUUUUGUGAGAAGGAUGUGAGGCCUGCAUUGAAGGACAUCGUUUGGAGCUGGCAAGGAGAGAAUGAGUGCCUAUAAUGGUGGAUUGUGAUGAUUGAAGAAGAAAAAGAAGGCAUUUUUGUGGAUGAUGUACAGAACUCUGUCUUUUUUAUGUGUUUGGGAGGAGGAAAUAAUGUAUGGUUUUGGUUUAGAUUAGAAGACAGUGGGAGGUGAUAGCCAUAUGGGUUGGAAUUGGUCAACUUUGUAAAUACUUUUAUAGGAUUUGCUACUAAACUACUUACCACUUGGAGUUUGUCUUU